GACCAUUCCGCCGCGUUCCGCCAUGGCUGCCGUGCUGCGCGGUGUCCUGCGCCCAGGAGCCGCCCGUCGCCGCCUGCUGCUCCCGUCGCCGCUCCGCCCCCUCCCCGGGGCGCGGUGCUGCAGCGCCGGGGCCCCGUUCCAGUACCUGGCGGUGCAGAAGACGGGGGCGCGGCAGAGCGUGGGGGUGAUCCGGCUGGAGCGGCCGCAGGCGCUGAACGCCCUCUGUGAGGGGCUGAUGAAGGAGCUGGGGCAGGCGCUGGAGACCCUGGAGAAUGACCCGCAGGUGGGCGCCAUUGUCAUCACCGGCAGCCAAAAAGCCUUUGCAGCUGGAGCGGACAUCAAGGAGAUGCAGAAUAAAAACUUCCAAGAGUGCUACAGUAGCAAUUUCCUCGCUGGCUGGGACAAGGUUUCCACCGUCCGCAAACCCAUCAUUGCUGCCGUCAACGGCUAUGCCCUGGGUGGUGGGUGUGAGCUGGCCAUGAUGUGUGACAUCAUCUAUGCUGGGGAGAAAGCACAGUUCGGGCAACCCGAAAUCCUGCUGGGGACCAUCCCAGGUGCUGGAGGCACUCAGAGGCUGACCAGGGCAGUGGGCAAGUCUCUGGCAAUGGAGAUGAUCCUCACUGGGGACCGGAUUUCAGCAACAGAGGCAAAGGAGGCAGGCCUUGUCAGCAAGGUCUUCCCUGUGGAGAAGCUGCUGGAUGCAGCCAUCGCCUGUGCUGAGAAGAUUGCCAGUAACUCCAAGCUGGUGGCUGCCAUGGCCAAGGAGUCGGUCAAUGCUGCCUUUGAGACAACGUUGGCAGAGGGCACCAAGACAGAGAAGCGCCUUUUCUAUGCCACCUUUGCCACAGAUGACCGCAAGGAGGGGAUGACAGCAUUCGUGGAGAAGCGCAAGGCAAACUUCACUGACAGCUGAGGCCAGGGAGGUGCCAGUGCCUGUGCCUGUGGCUGCCCCAUGUUCCCACAGAGGGGAUCUGUGACCCCAGGGGGUGAGACAAGCAGCAGCAGGGACCACUUUUACUAUUGCUAUUAAAGGUUUUUUCUGGCAUUGUUGGGA